AUGCCUCACCCAGUCCAUGCGCUAUCGUCAUCUGCGCCUGUCCACACUGGUGUGCCCGGCAGGUGUGUGAUAGCGGAGAUGUUUCUGGACGGCGAUGUGCUCUUCGACCUCUCCUCACUGCUCGCCUAUGUGCACGGCUCCUACCACCCCCUCCCCCUCAUCGAUAGGAUCCCGUGUCCAUCAGUGCGAGCGCUGGUGGCGCACAUGGUGCAGAGGGACCCAGCACAGCGCCUGCCAGCAGCGGCAUACCUCACGGCAUUCAGCGACCCCCAGGGCGGGGCGCUGUUCCCCCAGCCCGCGUUCGACGCCCUGCAUGACGAGCUCUUCUGCCACCUGCCCUCCAUGGACGCUGAUGGCCGGAUCGCCCUCACCCGCCAGCUCUACCCGCGCCUCUCUCGCAUCAUUGCCUCCUCGCUGCACGGUGGUGGGCAGGGGGGUACGGAAGGGGAGGGUUGUGGAGAAGAGGAGUUGGCGGUGGAGAAGGGUUGUGCUGGGAAGGCGGAGAGGGGGGAGAGUGGAAUGUGGGGAAGCGGGGGAGGCGAGCAGGGAGGCGAGCAGGGAGGCGAGCAGGAGGUGGCAGCGCAAAGGGGCAUGGUGGGGAGUGGUGAAGUGAGGGGGGAUGACGAGGGCGGUGGUUGUGAGCAGGUGACAAGCAGUGCGAGGGCGAAUGAUGACGGCAGCCUGCAGGGCAGCGGCAGCACUGUGUGUGAUGUUAGCGCAGGUGACAGCACAGGUGCGGACGGCAUGGGUACAGGCGACAGCAUGGCAGGCGUUGAGGGAGCGGAGAGGGCUGAGAGAGCUGAGAGAAAGGAGAGUGCCACAAAACCUGGGAGAGGCAGCAGAGGGGCACACGGCAGUGCGAGUGAGAGCAUGGGGGGCGGAGUGGGCAACAGCGGCAGCGCCAUGGUGCUGCUGGUGGGGCUGCUCACUGCCUGCCUGCGCAACGCUCGCCUGCCACACUCACGCCGCCACUGCCUGCUGCUGCUGCACGCCGCCGCGCACCACUGCUCGCACGCGGUGUGCCUGCAGGCGGUGGCGCCCUUCCUGGUGGCGGUGCUGGCCCCGGACGGCCUCACAGCCACGCCGCUGCAUGCCCUCGACACGCUGCUCCCCGGCGGGGCUGCCAGCCCGCCCCUCGUGCGCUGCACGGCGCUCACCGUGCUCACGCGGCUGCUGGCGCGCGUGCGGGGCUUCCCGUCCACGGACGCGCGCUUCUUCCCCGAGUACCUCUUCCCCUCGCUCUCGCUGCUCCCCCGCUCGCCCCACGACAGCGUGCGCGCCACGCUCGCCCUCUGCCUGCCCUCCCUCGCUGCCUCCGCGCUGCGCUUCCUGCUGCUCGCCGCCAGGGGGAGCGAGGGGGAGUCUGGGCAGGGGGCGAAUGAGGGAGACAGGAAAAUCAGUGUUGCUGUGUGGGAGGAAUACGAUGGUGGCGACAACAACAGCAGCAGCUGUGAGCCGGGCUUGUCGCUGGCAACCUCCAGCCUGCCUUCAUCCGAGCGGGUCAGCAGCAGCACCACGCUCACGGCGCUCAAGGCGCUGGCAGCGGCAGCGGAGGGGCUGGGAGAGCAGCACAUGGGCGAGGUGGCGGAGGUGAGGGAGGCGGUGCGCGUGGCGGUGGAGGAGCUGUCCACGCUGCCCCGCAGCACACCCCCCAUCCGCCUCUCCCUGCUGCACCACGCGCCCUCCCUCGCUGUCUUCCUUGGCCCCUCCCUCGCCACCACCGCCCUGCUCCCGCUGCUCAUCACGUUCCUCAACGACCCCUCGCCCCGCGUGCGCGCUGCCUUCUUCCACACGCUGCCCGCCCUCUGCCCCCAUGUGGCCGCCUCCGCACUGCCCGCCUUCCUCCUGCCGUGUCUCGAGCAAGCCCUGGGGGACACCUCUCACCCGUCCGUGCCUGCUGCUGCUGCCGCGUGCCUGGCCCAGCUCGCGCGCUCCCAGCGCCUGCAGCAGCGGCGCUGGUUGCUGUCGGCAGCGCGCCAUGCAGCGCCGCUCCUUAGGCACCCCGAGGGGGACGUGAGGGGCGCUGCUGUGGCUUUUGCAGCAGCUGCUGCGGGUCAACUGUCGGCUGUUGACACCCACGCGCUGCUGCUGCCGCUGCUCUCCCCCUCCCUGCGCUACCGCCCUGCGCUGCUCUCCUCUCCCGCCUCCCUUGCUGCUGCGCUCAAGUCGCCCCUGUCAGCCCACCCUGCUGUUCCGCCCCAGCCACCCGUCCCAGCCCAAGCAGGAGUGGCGGCGUGGCAGAUGAAUGCAGGGCAGGCAGCGCCCCACCUCCGCGUGCCGCAUGCGCUCCCACCUGCUGCUGCACGCGAGGCAGAGGCCGGCCGUGCUGCUGCAGGUGCGGGUGUGAGUGUGAGUGUGAGUGUGGGCGAGCAUGGCAGCAAGGGAGGAGUUGGUGCAAGGGGCGGCGAGCAAGAGCAAGGUGCAGACAUGGGAGCAGUGGGCGGGGGGGAAGGAGGCGCAGCAGACUUGCAAGGGAAGCGGUCGGUGGGGCAGGAGGAGGGGAGGGACGUGGCGAUGGGGGCGAGUGGGCGAGCAGCAGCAGGGCAGAACGUGGCCUCGUCGACACUCGCACACUCCCUCUCGAUGCAAUAUGCUCUGCCCCCGGCACACGGCGCAGCAGCAGCAACACCAUACCCGGCCAUGGCUGGCGCGCUUGCCAGCAUGCGCACAGACUCGGGGCAGCCCUGGCCGCCCCUCCCCUCCACGGCACCAUGGCCCGCCACCACACAAUGGCCGUCUUCCACCGCUCACUGGCCCUCCACACCCCUCCACACUCCCUCGCAUGCCUCUGCAUCCCACUCUCUCCUCGUCCCCCCCCUCCCUCCUCUCCACCCCUCCGUCUCCCCCUUCCGCCCUGUUCGAUUCCCAUCCCCUCGCCCCACGUCCUCCCCCCUCUCGCUCUCCUUGUCCUUCCACCGGCCCCCUCCUCCCCUCACCACCCACCCGCCCUCCUCUCUCACCUCCUCGACCACUCACCAACCCCUUUCCACACACUCUCUCACUCCCAUCCACCUGCCCCUUGCUCCCUCUCUCCCGUCUCUCCUCUCUCCCUCGUCACACCCCUCGCCGCACUCCCCAUCGGCCUCCUUCUCUCUCACCCCUGCCAGCCCACACGCACAGUCGCACCCAGCCUUGGAUCUGCCACCCCUCGCUGUGCCACUCUACUCCCUGGCCCACCCCGCCCCCGCCCUGCCUGCCUCGGCCUCCACCUCUGCACUCCCCUCCGCCACCCUCUCUCCCCCCUCGCUGCCUCGCCCCCCUUCACUACUCUCACCCUCCACCUCACCCAUUGCCCCUCUUGCUGCUGCUGCUCCUGUCGCUGCUGCUGCCAGUGCUGCGGCGGCUGCAGCCUGUGUGGGUGGUCCACAGGGUGCCACGCUAGAUGCUCUGCCACCCACACCACCCGCUGCUGCUGCUGCUGCUGCUGCUGCUGCUCGCGCUCCCGCCUCUGCUUCUGCUGCGGCGUCUCUGCCUGCCCACCGUGACACAGCCAGUCAUCCCAAUGCGCAGGCUCAAGCUCCCACCACAUCUAGUGUUGGAGACUGCCACCAGUCGCCCGCUGCACCCCCUGCUGCGCCAUCCACUCAUCCACCUGCCAAUCACCUCUCAUCGCCCGCUGAUCUCCCAUUCGCCUUUGACUCGCUUGUCGACCUCCCCUCUCCCUCCCCUACUUCCUCCGCCCUCCCCACCUCCCCCUCUGCCUGCCUGCCGUCCCUCCCACCAUUCACCACUCCAGAUACCGUUACCGCACCCACCACCACUCCACCAGCACUCCCACCCUCUCACGCCCUGCCGCCUGCCACAACCCCUCUCCUCACCCACACACUGCGUGGCCCUCCUCCCCCACCCCCCACCCCCUCGCCGGUGUCGCACUCACUGGUAUUCCUGGGUACCACGCAGCCCCACACGCGCAUCUCCUCCCUCUCCCUCUCCCUCCGCUCCUCCCGCCGCCUCCCGUCCUCCUCGGCCCUCCUUCCCUCCACCUCACCGGCUCCUCAUACGCUUCCUCCUACAGUGCCGGCCGCCGGGCGUGGAGCAGAGGGUGAGCAGGGAGGCAGAGCAGAGGAAGACACUGUCAGGCGUUUGCCUGCGGCAGGGAUGGAAGGUCAGACGGCAGGGAUGGAAGGUCAGAUGGCAUUAUUGGAGAGGGCGAGGGCGUUAGCUGGUCGCACUGCUGCUGCAGGCCAGGUUGCAGCUCAUGCAGCAAGCCAAGCUCAAUCAGCCGUGGCUGGUCGCAGUGCCACCCAUGUCAAUGCCACGUUAUCUGCCACGUCUGCAUCCCCACACCUCGUGGGACCAGGCGAGGCGCGUGCGAGGACCACGGGACAUGCACAGCUGCCAGCAGCAGCACCAGCAGCACAGGUAGCACCGCCAGCAGCAGCAACGAGUCAACCAGCAGACGCGGAAGCAGAGGAGGGCAGGGACAGAACAGCCACAGCAGCAGCAGCAGUGAGUGAGGAGGUGCAGAGGCUGCUGGGGUGGGGCAGUGCGGACGACGGUGCAGCCAUGGCUCUGCCGCCCGCGUCGCCCUCGCCGCUCUCCCCCUCAGCAUCCUCAUGGCGGCCGCGGGGGGUGCUGGUGGCGCAGCUGCAUGAGCACCGCGCCGCCGUGCCUGCGCUAGCAGUGGCGCCCAACAGCCAGUGGUUCGCGACGGCAUCACAUGACGGCACGGUGAAGGUGUGGGACGCCACUCGCCUGGACCGUGGCACCACCUUUCGCUCCAAACUCACCUAUGCGCCGGGGGCCGGGGGGACGGCAGGGGUAGGCGGGGUGGAGGGUGGGGCAGGGCGGGCGACAGCUGUGGCGGUGAUGGGGGACAGUGUGACGGCGGCAGUGGGGUAUGCAAGUGGGGAGGUGCACGUGGUGCAUGUGGACUAUGCGCCGCGCUUCCUCUCCUCGCCUCACUCCUACCGCUGCAUCACCCGCAUGCCCUCCCUCGAACCCUCCUCCCCCUCCUCCUUUUCCUACCACGGCCCUGGCACCUCAAGAGGGCCAAUCCUCUCCGUGCACUCGUGGGCCGCCUCCCACCUGGGCGCUACUCACUCUCACCUCUCCGCAUCCUCCUCCUCGCUCUUCUCCUGCAACCCCCUCUCCUCCUCCCACUCACUCCUCCUCAUUGCCUCGCUGCACGGCGGCAUCACUCUGUGGGACAUGCGAGCUGCCCGCCCCGCCUUCUCGCUGCACCUGCAUGCAUCCCUAGGUGCGCCCGUCCACGUGCUGCCCGACCCGCAGCACGGCCUGUGGCUGCUGGCGGCCUCCUCAUGCUCCGCGCUCUGUCUGUGGGACCUGCGCUUCCUGCUGCCCCUCUCCUCCUGGCGCCUCCCCUGCGCCCCCUCCGCGCCCCACCCGCCCCCCAUCACAGCGCUGGCGCCCAUGCUGCCCGCGCCCUUCCCCACCCCAGGGGACGCCAUGGGGGCCGCGGCAGCAUUGGGGCCGGAGCACCUGCCAGGCUGGUUUGGGGCGGACCGGGGGAGCGGAGCAGCAAAGGGGGCAGUGGGGGCAGCAGGCGGUGAGGCAGCAGCAGCAGGUGCAGGGGGGGCAGUAGGGGGGGCGUCGCGGCCUCUGGUGUAUGUGGCGAGUGGCAGGGACGAGGUGGGGCUGUGGAGUGCCGACACGGGGCAGUGCCACCAGGUCUUCUCCGUGGCCCCCCAGCCCUCCUCCAACACCGCUCCCCCUCCCUCCCUGCCCUCGCCCUCCAACCUCCCCACCGCUCUGCAAUCCCGCCCGCACCUGCUGCCACUGCCGCCCUUCACCACCACCACCACCACGCCCUCCGGUCGCACCCUCUCCUCCUCGCCCUGCUUGCCCACUGGCCCUCUGCUCCAGUCAACACAGUCAACGCGGUCAAGUGAAUCAAGGCAGGCAAGGCAGUCAGCGCUGCGGGUGGAGCAGCUGAAGGAGCCACCGGGCAGGGCGGGGGGGGUGAGGGCGCUGCUGGGAGUGCCGGGGGGCAGUGCGCUGCUCACAGCCGGCACUGACUGCUGCAUCCGCUACUGGUGCCGCCUCAGGCCGGAGCAGAGUGGGUGGGUGAGCGGGCCCACAGCCAGGGGAGCGCGGGGAGAGGUGCUGCUUCCGCGCUACGACAUGCGCAUGGUGCACGGCGCUAGAGUCAUUCAGGAGACACCGCCCCCCUUCUACGGGGACGCGGCGCGGCAGAGAGGCAGUGCUCCUGGCCGCCCGUUCUUCUCGCUCUCCGCCUGCCCCACCCAAUCAGCGUCCGCCAUCUGUCCGUCAGCCGCGUCGCCUUCAGCAGCUGCGUCCUCCGCCGUGCCGUCCAGCUCCGCCAGCCUCGCCAGUGCCGCCAGUUCCGCCAGGCGCGUGCCGUUCUCCCCCGUUCCCCGCGUGGCCGCGAUUGGCGGCGACGUGGACGUGCGCGGCGCGGCGUUCCGACUGCGAGAGAAAGCGAUGGAGCAACUGCUAGGCGAGCUGCGACAGGCGACGGACACGGUGCUGCAGGGAGGGGGACCCAAGGCGGUGCAGCGGCAGCACAGCCGCGGCAAGCUGCUGCCACGUGAGAGAAUCGACCGCCUGCUCGACCCCGCCUCGCCCUUCCUCGAACUCUCCCAGCUGGCGGGCAUGAGCAUGUACGGGGCGGACGAGGUGCCGGGGGGGGGCAUUGUGACAGGGAUAGGGCGGGUGGGCGGGCGGGUGAGUGUGAUAGUGGCGAAUGACGCUACAGUGAAGGGUGGCACGUACUACCCCAUCACUGUGAAGAAGCACCUAAGGGCGCAGGAGAUCGCUGCUCAGUGCCGCCUGCCCUGCAUCUACCUCGUUGACAGUGGAGGCGCCAACCUGCCACGGCAGGCGGACGUGUUUCCCGACCGCGACCACUUCGGCCGCAUCUUCUUCAACCAGGCGCGCAUGUCAAGGGACGGCAUACCACAGAUCGCGGUGGUGAUGGGCAGCUGCACGGCAGGGGGCGCAUAUGUGCCGGCGAUGGCGGACGAGAGCAUCAUCGUGCACCGCCAGGGCACCAUCUUCCUGGGGGGACCUCCGCUCGUCAAGGCGGCGACAGGGGAGGAGGUGACAGCAGAGGCGUUGGGGGGAGGGGCGGUGCACAGCCGGGUGUCAGGGGUGACGGACCACCUUGCCCGCGACGAGCUGCACGCCCUGGCCAUCGCCAGGCGCAUUCUCGCCUCGCUGCCCUCCCCCCACCCCGCCCCCUCCUCCGCCUCACCCAUUCCCCCAUCGCUCCCCUCCCCCCUCUCCCCCCCGGCGUGGGAGGAGCCGCUCUUCCCCGCGGAGCAGCUGAGGGGGCUGGCGCCCAUUGUAGGGGGGGAGGGGCGCAAGGGGGAGCGCGAGGGGGGGGAGGAGGAGGGGGCGGCAGAGGCGAGGGGAGUGGACAUGCGGGAGGUGGUAGCGCGGAUGGUGGAUGGCAGCCGGUUGGAUGAGUUCAAGCGCCUCUAUGGCUCCUCGCUGGUGUGUGGGUUUGCGCGAGUGCAGGGGCGCGAGGUGGGGGUGGUGGCGAACAACGGCGUGCUGGUUGUGGACGCGGCGCUCAAGGGCGCGCACUUUGUGCAGCUCUGUGACCACCGCCGCAUUCCGCUGCUCUUCCUGCACAACAUCUCAGGCUUCAUGGUGGGGCGGGCAGCAGAGAGUGCGGGCAUAGCCAAGGCAGGGGCCAAGAUGGUCAUGGCCGUUGCAUGUGCACAGGUGCCCAAGAUAUCGCUGGUGGUGGGCGGCAGCUUUGGGGCGGGCAACUACGGCAUGUGUGGCCGCGCCUACUCGCCCAACUUCCUCUUCCUCUGGCCCUCCGCGCGCAUCUCCGUCAUGGGCGGCCAGCAGGCGGCAGGGGUGUUGGCGCAAGUGGAGAAGGACAAGAGAGCACGUGAUGGCACUCCUUGGGGCGAGGAGGAGGAGAGGGCGUUCAAGCAGGGCAUAGCACAGCGGUAUGACAGCGAGGGCUCAGCAUUCUUCUCCACGGCGCGGCUGUGGGACGACGGCAUCAUCGACCCCGCUCACACACGCACCGUGCUCUCCCUCGCCCUCGCCGCCACUCAAGCUGGCAUGCCCGCUGCUCUCGCCGCUGCCGACACUGGCCCCAGAUAUGGAGUGUUCCGCAUGUGA